AUGACCUCUGAACCUACUCACCGAUCCACCUGUGAUUUCUUUGAGACCAACAAUUAUUUUGGUCUCGACAAAUCCAACUUCCUAUACUUCCAACAAGGUGCUAUACCUUGCUUCACGCUCAAAGGCAUACUGAUGUUUGAACAAAAGGAUAAAAUGGCUAUUACCCCCGAUGGAAAUGGCGGGCUUUACGACGCUCUUUACAAACAAGAAUUCUCUGAAAUAUCUGAGUUUUCUGCUCACCAGUCCACCGACACAACCAGUAGUAGUAGCAGUAGUAUUGGUGAUGAAGUUUCUAGCCUUGUAUUUGGAUCAUCUAACAUCGUGAGCCACUUAUUCUCUACUGGUUUCUUGGAAUCCGCAUCUAUAUUUGCAGAUCAGCUGGAAUACCAUACCUUUUCGGCUCUUCAUGUCAACCGAUCCAGCGAGUUUUCUCUAGUGAAGAACGGACCUGCCAGACAAGACAUGUUCAAACUUCAUGCCAAGCAUGUCGAACAAGCAGGAAGAGUGGUUGCUCCUCAAGUUAAGAUUGAACUCUCGCCGCUUGUGUCUUAUUUUGGCGAAGGUCUUGCCAUCUUUGAAGGAAAGAUAAUGGCUAAGUCAGGCAUAAUUCAUGCCCUUGUGGAUAUUUCUACAUUUUGUCUCUAA